UCAUGUCAAUAAGAAGUGUAAACGGACACUCGCUGAUCGGCAGUCCUCUCAAGCUCUACGGAAGCACCUUGGACGACUGAAGACACUUUCAACAUUGUCACAGACAGUCCUUUCCGUACCUGAGGAAGAGGACGUCGUAAAAUUGCUUAUGCAUGUCAUGAGCAAGGCGUGCUGCCAGUCCUUCUUGCAAGCGGUGUUCGACGGGCAUUCCUUCUGUCAAGUGUUCAGGGUGUGGUUACGCCUGGAUCAAACGAAAGCACUCUUCGUGAAUCAAAGCAGCAAAAAGGGCACGUCGUCGCCACGGCGUAGACCGGACAUCCGCGCGGAUCCACCACUAUACCGCAUCUGCGCGGAUCCAUCUGCGCAACAUCAUCAAGGAGGGCGAUCCAGCCACAGGAGACGAUCAUGUCGAGGACGUCUGGGCGCUACGAUCUCGAGAGCGCUGGAAACUGUAUCGAUACUGGGUCCACAACCUGACUUCUGUGAUUGACACCUUUCAAACUUCUGAGAUGACAACAAUGGAAGGUGUGCAAGAGCGCAUGGCGCACUCCAAACUAAUGGCUGUCCUACCGGUCCUUAGGGCGUCCAAGGUCAUUGGAAUGACAACAACGUGCGCGGCUAAGCACCAGGCUCUCCUCCGCGAUGUGCAACCGCGCAUCGUCAUCGUGGAAGAGGCAGCCCAAGUACUCGAAGCUCACGUGGUGACAAGCUUGGCUCCGCAAACUCAGCAUGUGAUCCUCAUCGGGGACCACCAGCAGUUGCGUCCGCCUACGAAUGUACACGAGCUGUCAAUCAGAUACAAGAUGGACGUGUCGCUUUUCGAAAGAAUGCUUAUCAACGGCGUGGGUGUCAAACAGCUCCGCGUUCAACAUCGCAUGAGGCCGGAAUUCGCCCGCCUUCUCACGCCACGAUUCUACCCUACUUUGGAGCCCCACCCAUGCGUGGAACGAUACGAAGACAUUGAGGGUAUGACCACGAACAUGUUCUUCUUCAAUCACUCCUCCCCCGAGCAGAGAAAUUCUGGAAGAAGCUAUAGCAACGUUUUCGAGGCACAUUUUCUAGUCAACCUCUGCAGAUACCUGCUUGCUCAGGGUUACCAACCCUCUCAAGUCACUUUGCUCACGCCGUACAUGGGUCAGAAGAAGCUUCUAGAGCGCAUAGCUAAUACAUAUCAGGACAUGACCGCGGUGGCCAUCACAGUAGUGGAUAAUUUCCAAGGAGAAGAGAACGACACCAUCCUCUUGUCCCUGGUUCGCUCCAACGAAACCGGAGAAACCGGUUUUGUUCGAGUGGCGAACCGAAUCUGUGUCCUCCUGUCCAGGGCACGUAUGGGGUUUUACUGCGUAGGUAAUAUGACCUUACUGAGCGAGGCGUCCAACUUAUGGAGAGACAUCGUUGACGACCUCAGAUAUCGGGGCCUGCUGGGAUGCGAACUGAAGUUACGGUGCAGGAGACACUCGAACAGCACGGCAGUAGUAAGAACACCUGAGGACUUUCCUAGCGGUCGUAAUAGUUCGUGUAACCUUCCGUGCCCAGCAACCCUUCCUUGCGGACAUUCUUGUCCAAAAAACUGCCACAUGGAUACUGAGGACCAUACGCUGAUCACCUGCAGAGAGCGUUGCGGAAAGACAUGUUCCAGAGGUCACUGUUGCAACGAACGCUGCCACGGCCACUGUUCGCCUUGCACGGUGCACAUUAAGGUGGAGUUUCCCGUUUGCCACCAUACUUCCGAAGUCCCGUGCUACAUGGCAGACGAGGCGACUUGCACGAAAAAGUGCGGGCGACUCCUGAAAUCCUGUGGUCAUCCGUGUGGCAAAAAAUGCGGCGAGCUCUGCGGUGGAGCGUGCGUCGUAUCAAAUGUUGAGGUAGGUCCAUGCGGACAUCUCAUCGAAGUCCCGUGCAAGAUAUCUGGCUGUAUCGCUGCUAAUCCAGAACUCUGUCGAGCCCGCUGCGAGAGACUGCUACAAUGCGGACAUAGGUGUGCAGGGCGAUGAGCCGUGUGUCGAUAACCCGUGCAGGGAGGCCGUAAAGAAGUCCUUACCCUGCGGCCAUACAACCACUGCGGAGUGUCGUGAGUUGGCAACGGCUAUUGCAUGCCGGACGAAAUCUAGUUACGUGCUUCCUUGCGGACAUGACGUGGUCCUCGAAUGCUGGCAGACCCAAACUGAAUCAUUUUUCGCUUGCGAUCAGUGUCCGAAGUCCCUGCCAUGUGGACACACAUGCCGCUUCGGAUGCACUAGAGCUUGUAGCCACGUUUGCAAUGCCGAAGUAUCCGCUCUGUGCUCAUCUGGACACACCGUUGUAGUUCCUUGUUGGCAGCAAAAGGAUCCUUCUGCCGUUUCUAGACAGUGCCGUGCACCUUGUCAAGCUAUCCUACACUGCUGUCAUCUUUGCUGGAAUGGCUGCAAUGAACCUUGCGCAAGUACGUGCAACAAGUAUGUUACUUUGGACAGAGCUUGCGGCCACAAAGAUAUCCUUCCGUGCAGUCUGCGGGAAAAGGAAUUUCCUUGCUUAGAACCUUGUCCUCGGUCUCUUGCCUGCGGUCAUCCGUGUCCGGCCGCCUGCUACAAAACGCCGUGCCCAUACCCGUGCCAGCUAUCGUGUCCAAUGUCCUGCCCUCACGGCCCGUGUCCGACUGUGUGUGGCUAUCCGUGUCCACCUUGCGGAGAACCCUGCACGUGGUCGUGUCCGCACUAUCGUUGCGAUGCCUUGUGUUGCGAACCUUGUACACGGCCUCCCUGCGACCAUCGCUGCGCGAGACUGCUGCCCUGUGGCCAUGCUUGCCUCGGAGCCUGCGGCGAGCCGUGUCCGACGCUAUGCAGUGUUUGCAAGCCGAAAGAGUACGAGGAAGUAGCGGGAACGUCCCUAAAUGUUCUCCUCGUAGCGCUCGGAGACUGCGGACAUUCUGUGCCAGAGGAAGAUUUCAGGAGAGCUUGUUCCACAACCCCCGAGGAUGACCCCCUUCUAUGCCCUAGAUGCUCGACGCCCGCCAGGCAUUGUCUGAGGUUCGGUCAACGUGUCAAGAAGUACAUCGCCAGGAUGAACAGACAAAAGCGAAAGGGUCUGCAUGACAUCGGGAGUGUGCAUUACGGUUAUGAAGCGGUUGCCGGAUAAGGCUCACUUGAUGACUACCUCCGUGGUCUCAUUGCAAAGAAGCAACCCUGCGACAAGUGACUUCAAUAGGCCCGCUGAACAAACGUGUCUUGCUUUUAUAUAGUGUUUUGGUUCCGAAAUACUGAGCGCUUCGUUGGGCUACUGUAGCCCUUCUUGGUUUCAAUUUGUCUGUGGUUUCGUUAAAACAAUGAAACUUCAUUCGCGCUCGAGCCCCUGCAGCGAUGUAUAUGAUGUGCAUUCGCGAUAAUCGCCCUCUUCUCUCCACUGAUCUCAAUGUCAUAACAAAAUCAGACUUUUACAGAUAAAGAUUUCAUAGCUCCA